AUGGUGUGUCAGGGCUACGAAGUCAAUGAUUUAUUGAGCUCUUCCUCUUUGGUGCCCAGCAUCGUGUACCGCGCGGCCGUGCACCUCCGGGACCGCUCCCUCGCCUGCCGCCUCCGUCUGCGCGUGGGCCAGGCCUCCAUGACUGCCAGCCCCCCAGGGUCCCUCAGGAUCUCCGACUGGGUCAUUUUGAACUGCUCCUUCAGCCGCCCUGACCUGCCAGCCUCUGUGCACUGGUUCCGGGGCAGAGUCCCUGUUCACGAGUCCCCCCAUCACCACAUAGCUGGAAGCUUCCUCUUCCUGCCCCAAGUCAGCCCCUCAGACUCUGGGCCCUGGGGCUGCAUUCUCACCUACAGAGAUGGCUUCAAUGUCUCCCUCACGUACAACCUCACCGUUCUGGGUCUGGAGCCCUCAGUGCCUCUGAUGGUGUAUGCUGGAGCAGGUUCCAGGGUGGACCUACCUUGCCGCCUGCCCCCCGGUGUGGGGACCCAGUCUUCUCUCACUGCCAAGUGGACCCCUCCUGGGGGAGGCCCUGACCUUCUGGUGGCUGGAGACCAUGGCAACUUUACCCUCCAACUGGAGGCUGUGAGCCAGGCCCAGGCUGGGGCCUACACUUGCCACAUCCAUCUGCAGGGAGAGCAGCUCAGCGCCAUGGUCACUCUGGCAGUCAUCACAGUGACUCCCAAAUCCUCUGGGUUACCCGGCAAGCUGAGAAAACUGCUUUGUGAGGUGACCCCGGCGUCGGGACGAGAGCAUUUUGUGUGGAGCCCCCUGGAUAAGCAGUCUUGGAGAGGUUCCCCGGGACCCCGGCUGGAGAUGCAGGAGGCCAGACUCCUCUCUCAGCCCUGGCAGUGCCAUGUGUACCAGGGAGAGAGGCUUCUCGGGACAGCAGUGUACCUCACUGAGCCGGCUGGCCCAGGUGCCCAGAGCUCUGGGAGGGCCCCAGGUGCCCUGAAAACAGGCCAUCUCCCUCUCUUUUCCAUCCUUGGUAUCCUCUUUCUGCUCCUUUUGAUGACUGGAGCCUUUGGUUUUCACCUUUGGAGAAGACAGUGGCGUCCAAGAAGAUUCUCUGCCUUGGAGCAUGGGACUCACCCACCUCAGGCUCAGAGCAAGAUAGCGGAGCCGGAGCCGGAGCCGGAGCCGGAACCGGAGCCGGAGCCGGAGAAGCUCUGACCUGGAGCUCAGGCAGCCCGCAGAUCUCCACAACUCAGUCCAAAUAAACUCCCUGUCAGCAGCAA